UUGGUGAAAGAAAGGCUAAACUGUUUAUUCUUAGAUUUCUAACAUUUGACUUUGCAAAAAUAGCAGUGAACUGCAUUAACUAACUAAUUAACAACCAUUAUUAAUUACAGCUAAUUGUGAUCUUAGCCUAACCUAAAACAUUAUUAACUCCCUAGCUAAAAACUAGAUUAGCCAAAAGUUAAGAAUUAAUUAGUAUAAAACUCCUAAUUCAUGUUCAUGGUGAACAAUUAAAUAAUUUUAAAAGAAUUAAUUAAAAUGCCUGUCGUAAAAAACACCCACGAUUCUCUUACGAGAAUCCCCACAAUCUACCAAUGCAACUCCGACGGCAGACAAAACGACACCGUCGCCGCCGAUCUGGACGGAACUCUGCUGGUCGGGCGGAGCUCCUUCCCGUAUUUCGCGCUAAUCGCCUUCGACGUCGGUGGGAUUUUCCGGCUGCUCCUCCUACUCGCGGCCGCCCCACUGGCGGGGCUUCUGUACCAUUUCAUCUCCGAAUCCGCCGGAAUCCGGGUGCUCGUUUUCGCAACGUUCGCCGGAGUUAAGGUUUCCGAUAUCGAAUCGGCGGCGGCGGCGGUUCUGCCGAAGCACUACUCCGAGGACAUGCACCCCGACACGUGGCGGGUUUUCAGGUCUUGCCGGAGAAAGUGUGUGGUGACGGCGAAUCCUAGGAUAAUGGUGGAGCCGUUCUUGAAGAAUUAUUUGGGCGUCGACGAUGUUUUGGGGACGGAGAUCUCGUCGUACAUGGGCGUCGCGACGGGUUUUGUUGGUGGUGAUACGGCGGUGCUUGUCGGCGAGAAUAAGGCUGUUGCUCUUAGGGGUACUUUUGGGAAUAAUAUGCCUGAUAUUGGAAUUGGGGAUAGAUUGACUGAUUUGCCCUUCAUGAAACUUUGCAAGGAAAAGUACAUAGUACCGGCAAGGCCCGGAGUCCGGCCCGUGAGAAAGGAAGCACUCCCAAAGCCCGUAAUCUUCCACGACGGCCGUCUCGUCGGAAAGCCCACUCCACUGACGGCGCUGCUAAUCGUUCUCUGGUUUCCCAUCGGCGUUCUCUUAUCUCUCCCCCGCGUUUUCAACUGUUGGCUUUCCGACAAAUCCGCAUUAUCUUACUACAUCAUGAAUCUACUCGCCUGCCCAAUCACAAUCAAAGGCACCGCCGCCGCCGCCGCCGGAGUAAGAGGAAGAGAAGUGGUGUUCGUUUGCUCCCACAAAACCGCCCUCGACGCCGCCGUGGUCUCCGCCUGCCUCCGCCGCAUAACCACCACCGCCAUCUCGUACUCCGCCGCCUCCAAACUGGUCGGACGGAAAUUUCUGGACGAUGGAAAAUCAUUGGUGAUGUUCCCGGAGGAGACAACCUGCCGUGGGCCCUACCUUCUGAGAUUCUCGCCGCUGUUCGCCGAACUCUCCGAUCAGAUUGCGCCGGUGGCGAUCGCCGUGAAAACGAGCAUGUUCCACGGAACGACGGCGAGGGGGUACAAGUGGAUGGACCCUUUCUUCUUCUACAUGAACCCUUUUCCGGCGUACGAGGUUACUUUCUUGAACAAACUCUCGCCGGAGGAGACGUGUUACAUAUCUUCCGGCCAGAAAUCGAGCCACCACCAAGUUAUUGCGAAUAAUGUUCAGAAAAUGAUUGCGCAGAGUUUGAAAUACGAAGCCACUGAUUUUACCAGGAGAGACAAGUAUCGAGCAUUGGUCGGAAGUGAUGGACACGUGUAAUAACAUUGUUGGGUAAUUAUUUUAAUAAAAAAAACAAUUACGAAAUUUAAUCAUUUUCCUUGAAUUUAUAACCUAUGAAUUCAAAAUAAUACUUGAAACGAUUAUUUAUUAUAUUUAAAGUCAACC